GCAACAACGGAGGUCGGAUUACAGUCUGUUUUGCAGCGGCGCUACAGAGCAGGGAUGAGGCUGCAGUUCCGGGUGCUAGAGCCUGUGGUUGUUUACAGUCUACUCCAGAGCUGCUCUGCACCCACGCUUCAAAGAUUUGUGGCCAAAUAUAGUCUCUAGUAAGUCGUUUAUACUUCCAGUGGCAGGGCUGUUUCGACGACCAACAAGUCCCAUCCUCGUGCAUUGCCUUGCUGUGUUGGAGCAUCUUCGUUGGAAAGCUGGUCGGCGGAAUCCGUGCAUUUUUCUGCAAAAAUGGCAGGAGGGAAAAGUCUUUGUGUCAUUGGGCUCUUCCUCCUCUUCCUGUGCUAUGGCCAGUGCAAGCAAGUACCCAACCUCGGCAGCAACAAUCAGUCUACUAAGGAGAGGGGUGCACAGUAUUUUAGCAAGGUGACUGCAGAGUGGCAUCAGAAACUACGCAAAAGUCUGGAUGAGAAGGCCCUCAAUCUGCGACCUUCCUACCACUCCCCGGCCUCCCGACCCACUACUACAGACUCAGGAGACAAGGCAGCCAUGGAGGCACUCUACACCGCCACCAACGGUCCCACCUGGGUCAAUAACACUGGCUGGAUGAAGGGGGACCCCUGCAACCCCUUAUGGCACGGUCUCUACUGCGCGGGUGGGAGGAUACUGCAAAUCAACCUGGUCUACAACAACAUGACCGGCUCCCUGCCAGCGAAAUUAGCCGAGGCCACCACGCUCCAAGUUGCCCGCUUCUACUCUAAUUUCCUCACCGGACCCCUCCCUCAGGAAAUCCUGCAGAUGAAAUCCCUCCAGAUUCUGGACGUUAACGAUAACGAGAUCACCGGUCCCUUUCCGGGUUCGGUGAUCAUGCCCAACUUGACCGACCUCAUUCUCUACAAGAACCAGAUCAAAGGAACUUUCCCCGACCUGACUGAAACUCCAAUGCUCCAAACGCUGGAGAUCAGCAGCAACAUCUUUAUGGGGGAUUUCCCGGACAUAUCCCGUUGCACAAAGCUCCAAAUACUCAUCGCAUCCAACAACAACUUUACCGGGAACUUCCCGGGAAACAUGCAGAGUCUGAGCGGCCUCCAGCAGUUCUGGUUGUUCAACAACCAGUUUGACAAGGCAGAGAUCCCGGAGAGUUGGUCCUCUCUCGUCUCCCUGACUGACGUGCAGCUGAGCGGAGUGAGCGGAGAGCUCCCCUCGUACAUCGGGCAAGUGUGGACUAAUCUUGUUCACCUGGUCAUGAUUGACGGCGACCUCACGGGAGAGUUCGACACUGGCCUCUGCAGUCUACACCAACUGCAGGACCUCCGUCUGUUUGGAAACAGGCUCUCCGGCCAACUCCCCACCUGCCUCUGCGACAUGAGCAGUGUCCAGACUUUCGAAAUGUCGGACAACCAACUGACUGGCUCCAUCCCCUAUUGCAUAGGCAGUCUCACGGAGCUAGCAACCUUCUAUCUCUCCCGCAACAACCUCACAGGCACCCUCCCUGAAUCCAUCGGGAGUCUAGCCAAACUGGAGAUCAUGGAUCUUAGCUCAAACGCCAUAACAGGGACUGUCCCUUCCUCUUACGCAGGACUCACAGGGAUCGUGGGGUUUUCCCUCUGCUACAACAAGCUCUACAAACUAGAGCCGGGGCUGGAGCCGUUAUACGACCGAAUUAAGGGGUUCUCCUGUGAAUUAUACAACAACCCGUGGUCGUGCCCGCUUCCCACCGACGUCCCAGCCAACUGCCAGGCCACCUGCUCCAAAUGCAACACGGGGAGCAAGCGUACCGACUGCAGUGAGUGUGUGGCGGAUGCAGACUGUGGCUGGUGCAACGAAGGUCCCAACUGCCUGGAGGGGUCCCAGAGUGGGCCAUACGUCUACGUCUGCAAGUCUGGCGACUGGAGCUACGGUUCCGGGACCUGCUGAGCCGUGGGCGAAGACUUAACAAUCAAUAGUUAGUAAUAAUUGGGACAAUCAUUUCCCACUCUUACACGUGAUUUUCUAAUGAUGGACUUCUUUUGAUGAUAAUGCACAAAGGAAAUUUCAGCCAACCAGUAGAUCUACAAUGCAUCACACAGCCAAAGUAUUACACAGGCCAAAAGAAAAGUCCUCUAAGGAGUUAACUUUAGGUGCCAGAAAUAACAGGCUGGAAAAUCAAUACAUUAUGAACU